AUGCGUCUUUCAACCAUCAUCCUGGCAGUGUCUGCAGUGACCCUAGUUGCAGGCGUCAAUGCCCUGUGUGAGGCUGCAAAUGUAGACCAGGCGAUGGUAAUGCCGCUCACGUACGCUAACUCUGUGAGUGAGGAUCUGAACAACGCCGACGGGAAGCGGUACCUGCGGAGUUCCGAGAACGAAGAGAGGUUGGGCGGCGCUAACAUGUUUAACAUCAAGAAGCUUGAAGAUGCGUUGAACGACACCACCUACGCGAAAACGCUGUUCCGUAGAUGGAAGCGAAGCGGAGUCAACGAGGACACGAUCACUACGAAGUUUAAGAAUUUGCAGAUAUCUUUGGAUGAGAACGCUCUCGAGUUGAUCCAGAGUUAUCGCAUCUGGCUCAACGCGCACGCUACCAAAACGAAUCCGAAGCUAUUUGACAGAGCGAAGAUUAAGAAGGCACUGGAGGACGGCACGUACGCGAACGUGUUGUACGGCAGAUGGAAGCGUUAUGGAUUUGAAUCGGACGACGUCUUCAAGAGGUUUCAGCGUAUGGGGGUCAACAAGGACGAUAACCUGUAUCAGGUCUACAAGAAUUACGUCACCUGGCUGAACGUUCACCACCCACUCAAGAAAUCUACGCUAACUACGCCCGAAGCGUUCUUGUUCUACCCGUCUAGAAUUCAAAGGGCCAAGUCGGAUCCAGCAUUUGCUGAAACGCUGUUCGCCAAAUGGAAAAGUAGCGGGCUCGACGAGGGUCCUGUCUACAAGAAGUUAUGGGAUAUGGGCCUAAAGAAGGACAAUGCCAUCUACAAGCUCUACACGGACUACGUUUUGUGGCUUGACAAGCAUUUUCCGUUACCAGCGAAGGCUACUAAUUAG